CUGAUGUCAGGUCAUGAUGAAAAUCCUGUAACAUUUGAUUCUCUUUGAUAUCCGUUAUCAGAUCAACUUGGUCUGCUACUAAUGCCGUAACUAAUCAAAUUUUUCUUUUCUUGUUUUUUAUUUGCCUUAAACACAGAAUAUUAACUUUUAAAUCACAAAAGCAGACAAACAAGCAAGCAAACAAACAAACGUAGAAUGGAAAACGGACGUAAUACAAAUCUUCGUAGUCUUGUCCGUCCUGUCUCACCGUUAUCCAGAUGGCAGAAAGCACCACUACCACUUGUCGAUGACAAAUACAACGAUGAUGAUGAUGCUGUUGUCGACAGUGAUUCCGAGAGAGUUGGUCGUCGUAAACUGUCGUCCUCGUCUGGCAAACAUGGUCAUCGUAGAAGUAGAAGUCGAUCACCGGCUAUAUUUUCCUCGGUACAUCUUUCUUCAACUGGUACAACAACAACAACAACAGCAGCAACAGUAGACAGACCUCCAAGUGAAGAGACUAGACGUAUUAUUGUACGUCGUCCACUACAUGACCAUCCUGAACCAGAAGAUGAUUAUGCGGGAAAGCCGAGUUCAUCAAAACAUCAAAGCUUGAAGGCAACAGAUGACUAUUCACGAUCAAUGGUCACUAGUCAUAACAAUACUAAAAGACGUUCAAAAGAUGAACGUUCAAGAAAGACAAUGCGACGUUCAAUGUUGCACAAAAAUCAUCGCUCGAUACCACAACCAAUACCACCAAGUGGUAUUGACCGAGAGAAUACAUGCCCCAUCCUGUUGCGUAUCUUUUAUUCGACAAAUUCACGGCAUUAUUCAUUAUCCGAUUAUAAUAAAGGGAAAAUGCCGGAGAAUGAAAUACAGCUGAAUACUUGGAUUGAUGCAACUCUUGCCGAAUUGGCUGAAGAAGUUCGUAGUGUUGUACGUGUAGCUAGACGUCGAGGAACACGUAUGCAUUUCGCGGUUGUCUAUCCUGACAGUCGAGGUACAUAUGGACGUCGUCAACUUGGUGUUGUGAUUACAGGUUAUGGAGUAAAUUCUGGGGAUAAUUUUGAUGAAGAGCCCAAUGAUGGGAUGAACAAUAAUAACAAUAGUAAUAAUACGAAUUCACAGAAACCUUUCAACUUGGUUGACGAUUCAGCAGUGACGCUUAUAUCGAAAAAGUUCCAAAUUGGAGAUUAUGUGGAUUGUGCUAUUGUUGAAUACACUCCAGGUUCUUUAGGCGGUUGGUCUUCAGGACGUCGUCCAUUAGGCCCGCGACCACCACCAACUCUCAAUGCAUCUGAUUCACGUAAUUCUGCACUAGAAGAAGCACGAAUGAUAUAA